AUGAAGUCGAAAGUUCCAACACAAGGAAAAUCGGCUGAUCAACAUUGUUUGUCCAAGUGUGCUGACACAUUUAGAAAAUAUUUAGAAGCGGAUUUAUUUAAAAACAUUGUCAAUGAAACUUGGGAGCUGGGAUGGACACUAUGGUUUCUAGAUUUCGCUUCAACCAAGGUGGGUUUGAUUGAACGUAGAAGGCGCUUUCUUCGCUUUUUACUGUAUUCUCCAGCAGCCGGUUUACCAGACCCACCGGAAACCACAAAAACAAAUGCUCUGCUUUUGCGUGUUGUGUUCACUAUUUUGUCAUCUUUCAUCAUAGUUUUGAGUUGUACUAUUCAUCUUUCCUUUUCUGGAUCGAGUUUAUUGUUUCUUGGUUCCGUUAUUUUCUGUGAUCCUCUGAGCUCAAAUUUGAUUCUGCUUAGUCUGGACACUGGAUAUUCUAGCUUCGUAAUUCAAGCUCAAAGAAAUGAACUUUGUACGGAACCCCAUCUCAAGGUUCUUUACUUUCUUCUCUUUCUGCUUCAGCUUCAUUCUCUGUGGUCCUACCCGACCCCAAGGAGCUGUACGGACACGACCCGCGUGUGCACUUCCUUCUUGGCCUUCAAACCUCAACCAAACCAGAUGCUUGCAGUUAUACAGAGUAUGUUCGAUGUAUUGCCCGGUGAUAUUACUGUGGAAGGCAAUGGCUGGGAUUACGUGUUCAUCAGGAAGAACUGUUCCUGCGCUUAUGGCAUAAAGAAAUAUGUAUCCAACACUACGUUCACUGUGAAAUCCAAUGAAGGGUUUGUGCAUGAUUUGGUGAUGAAGGCCUAUGACGGGCUUGCUAUCUUGCCCAACACCACCAGGAGGGCCAAAAACGGCGCCGUUAUAUCACUGAGGUUGUUUUGUGGGUGUUCUACUGGACUGUGGAACUAUUUGUUGAGUUAUGUCAUGAGAGAUGGGGAUAGUGUUGAAUCUUUGGCGAGUCGGUUUGGGGUUAGCAUGGAUAGUAUCGAGACGGUAAAUGGUAUUGAUAAUCCGGAUAAUGUCACCGUCGGAUCUCUAUAUUAUAUACCUCUGGAUUCAGCUCCUGGUGAGCCAUAUCCUUUGAAGAAUGAUACUCCUCCAGCACCUGUUCCUGCCCCCUCUGCUGACAAUUUUUCAGCUAAUCAAGUUGAGAAUAAGGCUCAUGUACCAUAUAAAUGGAUCAUUGGUGGUUUAGGAGUUGUUCUUGCUCUUAUCAUACUGAGCAUAAUUCUGUGUGUUUCCCUGCGAUCAUCACAUUGUUUCCAUGAAGCCAGAAGAAGUCAUGCAAAAGAUACUGAGCCCAAGACCUUUCAUAAGUUUCAUAUUCUUCAGAAUUCAAGUUUUUGUUGCGGUUCAGGAAGGUAUAUAAGUGAAAAGUCCGUAGACCAGAAUCAAACUGAUGGCGAACCUAGCAAUGUCCAGAUUACCAUUCCCAAAGUUCCAACUCUAGGGACUGAUGUAUUUGACAUGGACAAGCCUGUGGUUUUCACAUAUGAAAAUAUUUUCUCAUCAACUGAUCGUUUCUCUGAUUCAAAUCUUCUUGGGCAUGGUACAUACGGUUCUGUUUACUAUGGCAUGCUUCGUGACCAGGAAGUAGCUAUAAAAAGAAUGACGGCUACAAAAACUAGAGAAUUUAUGUCUGAAAUGAAAGUCUUGUGCAAGGUUCAUCAUGCAAAUCUGGUAGAAUUGAUUGGCUAUGCAACUAGCCAUGAUGAACUUUUCCUGAUUUACGAAUAUGCACUGAAGGGAUCACUCAAAAGCCAUUUACAUGAUCCUCAGAAUAAGGGUCAUUCCCCUCUUUCUUGGAUCAUGAGGGUCCAGAUUGCCCUUGAUGCUGCUAGGGGCCUUGAAUACAUACAUGAGCACACCAAAACCCAUUACAUCCAUCGAGAUAUCAAAACAAGCAACAUUUUACUAGAUGCUUCCUUCAGGGCAAAGAUUUCAGAUUUUGGGUUAGCAAAACUUGUUGGGACGGCAAAUGAGGGAGAAAUUGCUACCACUAGAGUUAUUGGUACAUAUGGAUAUCUUGCUCCAGAAUACUUGAGUGAUGGCCUUGCGACAACUAAAAGUGAUGUCUAUGCAUUUGGUGUUGUUCUCUUUGAGAUUAUAUCUGGGAAGGAGGCCAUCAUUCGAACAGAAGGCACAAUGACAAAAAAUCCUGAAAGACGUUCAUUGGCAUCUAUUAUGCUGGCAGCUCUUAAAAACACAUCCGAUUCCUUGAGCAUGUCAAACAUGAGAGAUUAUAUUGAUCCUAACAUGAUGGAUCUUUAUCCUCAUGAUUGUGUGUACAAGAUGGCAAUGCUGGCGAAGCAAUGUGUGGACGACGAUCCCAUUGUACGACCUGAUAUGAAACAAGUUGUGAUUUCCCUCUCACAGAUUCUCUUGUCUUCUAUUGAGUGGGAAGCAACUCUUGCUGGGAACAGUCAGGUUUUCAGUGGGCUUGUUCAGGGAAGAUAGUUCAAGAGCAAGAUCUUUUUCGUUCACUACCUUCAACAGGAUUCUUUUUCCACUAUCCUGUUUCUUAGGUUUGAUAGUUUUGUAUUUAUUGGAACGUCAGAGAACUGGUGGGUUAAUAUCUCUCCUUUGUCAUUAGCUUGAAAUGUCUCAAAGUACCGUAUCUUCAUUUUGUUAAAACUGCAAUCUUGUGUGUAGUAAAUUUUGGACCUGAGUUAGAACAUGUGAUGAUGGAGCUGCGUAAGGAUUUUGCAGUUGUGUGAUUCGUAUUGAUGCAGUCUGAAAUUCAUAUCUUUAAGCACCUUGGAAUUCUUUGAUUCA